AUGGUGGAUUACUGGGGUGGUGGAACACUAGGAACACUGUUACUUGGCCAGUCGGUCGUGCCUCUGCCUUCCUCGGCCCGCGAUGACAAGGACAGCGUUCUACCCGAAGCAGAGCCAGAAGCCCAUUCUAAUACCACGAAUACUACAGCUCAGGGCGCUUUGUCCUCUGACUACUUCGUCCUCGCUUCCAGCGGGUCAGUACCGGUCGCAUAUGGCCCAUCUCACGAGACGGAACACCAGCCGCUGCAAGCACAGUUGUCAUCCAUCCAGCCAAAACGCCGUGGUCGUCCCCCAAAGAAGAGACCGGCGCAGGACAAGGAAACCAGUCCAAGGACGGUAGCCCCCGGGACCAAAUUCGAUCGCUACUCGUCGGCUUUCUCCAUCGACCUAUCACCCUCCCCUCAGACCGAUAAGCCAGCGUCCGGGUCGGACAAGAAGACGCGCCUUCGCGCCCGCAAUCGCGCAGCCGCCGACAUGUACCGUGCCCGCAAGCAGCGUGGCAUAGAGGACCUGCAGGCCCAAGAGGACGCCAUCAGCGCCGUCAACGAGAGCCUCCAGGAAAAGUACGCCAAGUUGCGCGGCGAGGUGCUCAUGCUCAGGGACAUGGUCCUCCAACAUGACGGCUGCGGUGGUCCCUUCAUCGAGAGCUAUACCAAAAACGCCGCGGUCAACCUGUCGUAGAAGCCCAACAUCACGAAGACGAAUCGCGACAGCUCCUCUCGCACCGCCAUCUCGCCCGCGGUCAGUUGUCUCCUGUCACGCCGCAGGGGCAGGGCGCCUGCGGCUCGCCCCCCUUCGAUGCAGAAAGCGACAACGGUCUCCGUUUUGACUGGAACAUGGCAUGGCCCGGCAUGGACUUCCAACAUGACGGAGGACAAAUGGAAGGCACGCCGACCAUACAUCCUUACGGGGACUACUAGGGGGUGGUUGGCGACCGCGUCGACAAGACGGCGCGCCCUGUUGGGGGAUACUUUGGGAGUACGUAAUGGAUCUUGAUCACGUCAAACUAUAGGUGUAUUUGAGGUUUAUCGAGAAUGAAACUCCAUAAGGUAAUGACGGGUUGGCUCGCGCCGCAAGGCAUACAGGUCGGCAUGUCCAUCACUACACGGCCUGAGCGGGUGCCCAUGAUUCGGGGCCAGAGAGAUCGCGGGAUUCAUGUUGCAUCCCACCAACACAAAGAGUACGUCCACUCGCGAUGUCCUGUACCAACGGAGCUGAAUGCUUUUUGGCCCUAGAGCUCCAAACAUUCCUGCUGUAAGGUCCUGUGCACCCCCGGCAAAUGUCAUGUGGCCCAAUUGCGAGACACUAGAGCCCGGAUCUGUUCCGGUAGCUUGGGUGAGGGGCUCAGGGUAUAUUUGUGUCAGACAUACGGGCCCUUAUCAGGGCUAACUUCGACGUCUUGGGAGAGAUCAUUAAUUAUCACGAGAAAAAAAGUUCUUUUUCGUGAUUGUGUUCCUUGUUGGCUUCUGGCCAUCCUUAUGUAGACCUCGUCUGCGAGUCAACCCGGAUCCGGCAGUUCAUGUGGCUAUCCGGAUCCGGUCAUGGAUGUCCUGCAAACAGGAGUUGUCUGACAAUUUGGCAGCGAAAACCCUCCAAGCCGCGUCUGUUGGGGAUUUCC